AUGGGCAUCCCUUGGGCUGUUUCUUUUCUUUUUUCAUUUCAGUUCUCUUUUCUACUUGCUGCACGCACUGCUGCUCCCUUGCACCGUCGCACCGAACGUGAGGACGACCCCGACUGCGGUGAUGGGGAGCUGGUGCUGCCUUCUCUUUUCAUUGGGUGUGAGGUUUUCUUUUGGGUGGAAUGUGUGACUUCGGUGCUGUGCAGGUUGCCUGAGUGCUCUGCUGUGUGCACUAUCCGCUUUGUUUUCUUUCAUGCUGUUCUUCCUGUGGAGUUGGUGGUAGGGAAAGUUGUGGNACUAUCCGCUUUGUUUUCUUUCAUGCUGUUCUUCCUGUGGAGUUGGUGGUAG